GAACGUGUUGUUGGUAACACGUGUUUUCAAGACGCUGUUGCGCAAUUGACGUUUCGUACCAUGUAACAUUUUCAGGAGUUUAAAAACCGAGUGAUGUGUAAACUGAAAUAAUUUAAGUUAAUAAGUGAUAAAUUCAACUCCUGUAGAAGUAGUGAAACGAAACAAAAGUGACAACCAUGAAAAUCUCCGCAUACGCGACCUAAAAUCAGCUGGAUGCCAUCUUGUUUGUAAAGUGGAACGUAAACAUGGAAAUAGAUUUUUUUAGCAACGACUAAUGUAAAAAAAUGGCAGGAAAUGAAGCAACCAGCCAAACAGAAUUAUGGUCUUCGGUGGUCCACCAACCAUGCGAAGAGCCCGAGGAGUCUGAAUUGCCUAGUACGGUGGAUAUGGCCGCUUUCAGUACCGGACUAACUGUAGAACCCACUAAUACAUCCCAAAAUAAUGAAAAUUCCGACAGCGAUAGCGACUCGGAACCUGAAUCUAGCAACUCGAGUGAAGCUUCCAGUCAAAGCGAUUCUUCUGAUUCUGAUAGUUCCUCAUCAAGUGUUGAAUCAUCGUCAAGGAGCCCCUCGCCAGAAUUUUCAGUUACCACUUCCCAAACCAACAGUUUAAGGCUCACUAUUGCCACUGUAAGAAAAUCAACAGGAAGUCCACCAAUCGAUAAAAUGAGCAAAGUGGCUAAUUCUAAAGCGGCUAAAAGUGGUGAUUGUAGUUCUUCAUCAGACUCAGUGUGCUCUUCUGAUUCGGAAAGUGAUUCAGAAGCUUCUGGUGCUAAAAGUUCAGUUAAGACGAGUGUGAAAAGUGCCAAGGAUAAUAAUGUUAGGAGAAGUGCCGCGAGAUUGCGAACUAGAGUGUCUGAAAAGAAAGAUGAGAAGAAGGGCACCAAGAAGGAGGCGGCGCCUGCUAAGGGACCAGUCACCAGGCCCAGGACCAGGCAGAGGAAGACCAAAAAGAUGGCGGCGUCGUUGCCUUUAUCCCGAGGUUCGACUUAUACCAGCUCGGAUUCGGAGGAUUCGGACGCCGAUAGGGCAAUUCUAGCCUCCUGCAGUUUGCAGGAAAUCCGUCAGGAGGACCUAGCGGCGAUUUUACCUGACCAGCAGGAAUGCGACGCUUUUGGUGAUUUUGAAUGUAACAGGGUUGAUAAAAAUUCACCUCAAACGGGUGACAUGUCAAGCUCGGACAUGGAGUUGCCUCAACAGGCGGUUAAUGCACUCAUACAGAGGACUACAGAAAGUUCUAGCGAAUCCGAAUCACAUGCACCACCUAAUCCUUCGACUCUUUAUGCAAACAGUUUGUUACAACAAUUCGUUGCUCAAACCCAAUUGUUAAAUGCACCGUGUCCUGUAAUUCCGACAGGAACCGAUGGAAUCAAAACCUUACCCCUAAACACUUGUGAAAAUCAAAGUAAUAAUAAUAAUACCACGAACAAUAAUAAUAACACAGGAGGUGAUACAGUUAAAAGGAAAAGAGGACGACCAAGGAAAAAUCACAAGGCACAAAAUGAUAAUAAAACACAAACUAAAACAAUGAAUGAGUAUUGUGGUGAUCCUAAUGUUUCACCAGAUUCUGGGAUUCAAAAUAGUCCCGAUCAUGUUUCAAGUCCCGAACCGACUCUUACUUUAAAAAACAAAGAAGAAAAUAAGAAAGAAAACAAACCAAAAACUAUGGUUAAUAAAUCGAAAGAAUUGAGUAAGUUAUCAGUGACUUCGAAUCGAUUCGAUCGUUUGUUGUAUGCUAACACUGAUCGGGUCCUCUAUCCUCCUCGGAGGAAAGUAGGUCGACCUCCUUUAAUAAAGAAAGGGCCGGGUAGGCCCCCCAAACACAAAACAUCAAAUAACACAAAUCAAGAAAUUAAACCUCCCGAUAAAGCUGAUAAAAUAAAAACAAAAACAGAACAACGGCCCGUACUCGUAGCUAAAAACAAAAUCGACAAUACCAAAGUCAAAUUUACAACUCUGAAAAAUCUUAAAGUGAUGCACAGCAAACACAAACAUAAAAAACACAAAAAAUACAAAAUAAAAAUUCUCAAACCUUUGACCGGGACUAACGACAAAGUUGUGAUCGAAAUCGAUAAAUUAGUAGCCGAUUUUAUGAAAUUUUGUGUUAUUGGAAGUAGUAAACCGCCGAAAGAGAAUGUACCCGAAGUGAAACCUGCGAAAAAAGUAUCGAAAAAACGCAAAACCACGGAACAGAAGAAGAAGAAAAUUAGUGUGAAUGCGACGGUUAAUAAAGUGGCGAAUUUAAACGAGCAGAGAUUGCCCUUGAAGAAGAGACAUUACUUGUAUUCUGAUGGAAAGAAAAGUGAGGAAAUUCUUCCAAAAGAGGAGAAAGUCAGUGCGAAUAAUAAUUCAAUAACGGCUACCACUCCGAAGAAGAGACAUCGGUUGGAGGUGAUUAACAAGGAGAAGGAGAAUCCGGCCGUUCCGACCGUUGAGCCGAAAGUCAAGCCAAAACUGUCCCUAGAGUCCCUCAUUUCUGAACUGAAGAUGAAAAGAGGGUUGUCAAGUCAGGAGGAAAAUCUACAAGUUGUCAAAGUCGAUUUAGUUGUUAGUCAAGACGCUAAAACUUCCGUCGAUAAUAACUUAAAAAAGAAGCCUAGGAAACGUCGGGCCAUCAACCGCACUGGUUUCCCCACUGUCAAAAAGAAGAAAAAGAAAGUGAUUUCUGUUGAAGAUUCGGUCGAUACCGAAGAAGAUAAGCCUUUGAUAAGCUGUGAUCGUGUCCCGAAAGAUGGCGAAGAGUAUAAUAAAUUCAUCCAAAGGACUGAAAAAGCCGACUCGACCAAAACUGACGAUUCACUGUCAAAAUGGGAAGUCAUGAGUGAGUGUGAUAGUCUUCCUCAAGAUGAACGGAUCGAAGACAGGGCUGAGAGUGGCGCUGAUAUGGAUGAGGUUUCCCUCGAGGCGAGCAUCGAACGAUUGAGGUCGCGUCUCGACAAAAAGAAACGGAAACGUGCUGAAAAAGUAAUAGAUUUAAACGGAUACCCGAAAAGACGGCUACGAGACAUAUCACCCGCCAGCAGUAUCGAUAUUAUAAUCGACCGGCGUUUACGCGAGGAACGUGCUUCAGCUUCUGGCGACGAAAUGAAGAAAAACAAGAAAGCCCCAAGAUGGCGCAAACGGUACCUCGUCGCUGGACUUUUCUCCGAUUAUUUCAAAGAGGACGAUGAGACUAGUAGACUCAAAAGGAGCGAAAACGCGGCGAAAUCACGCUUGACGUACAAUCCGGCCGAGCAUCCGUACGGUCUAUUACCGCCGCCAUAUCACUGUGGCAAAUAUUUGCGGUGUCGCAAAUUGCCGUUUCAGUUACCGUACGAUCUGUGGUGGCAACAUUCUCAUUCGCAAUUGCCUGGAAGGGAUGUCGUACCGUCGUGGAAUUAUCGGAAGAUACGGACAAAUGUUUAUAAUGUCAAGACGACGACAGGAGCUUGCGAACCGCAAACUUGCAAUUGUACGCCAUUGGCGAAUUGCGGGGAUGAUUGUAUCAAUCGGCUGGUAUUGGCGGAGUGUCCCGCGAGCCACAAGUGCCAAAAUCAGAAGAUACAAAGGCACGAGUGGGCGCCGGGACUUGAAAAAUUUAUGACCGAAAAUAAGGGUUGGGGCGUCCGCACGAAACUGCCCAUCAAAGCCGGGGAAUUCAUCUUGGAAUACGUCGGCGAGGUUGUCUCUGACCAGGAAUUCAAAGAACGCAUGGCUACUAUUUACGUCAACGACACCCACCACUACUGCUUACACCUAGACGGUGGUUUGGUCAUCGACGGCCACCGAAUGGGCGGCGACGGUCGUUUCGUCAACCAUUCCUGUCAACCAAACUGUGAGAUGCAAAAAUGGUCAGUCAACGGCCAAUUUCGCAUGGCUUUAUUCGCACUUCGCGACAUCGACAGUUCCGAAGAGCUCACUUACGACUACAACUUCUCUCUUUUCAAUCCAGCCGAAGGCCAAGAAUGCAAAUGCGGCAGCGAAAUGUGCCGUGGAGUGAUUGGAGGCAAGUCACAAAGAGUUCGUCAACUACCGGAAGUCAAAGACGGGAAAAAUCCGGGACGUGUGGGUCGACCACGGAAAAAUCAAGCUAAAAGGACUACAAGUGUUAAAGACCUGCCCUUACCGCAAUCGACAGUACCGAUAGUGGCGCCCCCGCAGGUCAGACCAAUGAGUCAUCAACAGAAAUGUUUCAUUUUGGAACACCACUGUUUCCUCUUAAGGAAUCUGACGAAAGUGAAACGGAUGAGAGAUAGGUCGAGUAGUUCGCUGAUUUCUAGACAACAAGCGAUGACGCCGACCAAUCAGGGGGCGGCUUUUAUUAAUCAUUUAAAUGCAUUGGAAAAACCGAGGAAUAUUCGGACGAGGCGAUUGGCCCAAGCCGAGGAUAAUCCCGAGUUGAGCAAAACAGUGAAGUUGGCAGCGGUUUUGAGGGAGAUUUGGAAUACGGUAACGAAAGCCAAAGAUGAAAAUAACGAAUCGCUGAGUACACAUUUUACAACAAUGCCGUCGAAACGGAAAGUACCUGAGUUCUACCAACGUAUUACGAAUCCAAUUGAUCUCGCCACAAUCGAGCAAAACAUCGCCACGGGUUAUUAUUUGACACCUGAGAGUUUCAAUUCAGAUAUGAAUCGAAUGUUUGCCAAUUAUUUACAGUUUUAUGGCCGUACGAAAGAAAUCGGCGUCGCUGCUAUUAAACUGAAGAAAGUCUACGUUGAAGCCAAACAGCAGAGUUUGCCCAAAUUCGAAAACGUCUUAGGGAUGAAACCCUCGAAUUUUGUCUCAAAUAGAAGCAAGUGCAAAGACGAAGAGGAAGAUAUCAUCCGUUGUAUCUGCGGGAUGCCACGUGAUGAAGGCUUGAUGAUACAAUGUGAGAGGUGCAUGGUGUGGCAGCAUAGCGAAUGUGUGAAAGCAGAUGUUUCGGCCGAGAGUUAUCACUGCGAACAGUGUGUACCCAGAGAAGUCGAUUACGAAAUACCCCUUGACGAAUUCACAGAACACGGACAUAGAUAUUACAUGACAUUGUUACGAGGCGAAUUGCAACUAAGACAAGGAGACACCGUUUAUGUCUUACGCGACAUUCCAAUUCCUGGUACAGAUCGUAAACACACUUACGAUACGAUCGGAAAAAUUGACUAUUCCGAAUUGGACAUCUUUAGGAUUGAACGCUUGUGGAAAGAUUCCAAGACGGGACAACGCUUUGCUUACGGUCAUCAUUAUUUACGACCCCAUGAAACCUACCACGAACCGACAAGAAAGUUUUUCCCCAAUGAGGUGAUGCGCGUCCCGCUGUACGAAGCCGUCCCCGUCGAACUAAUAAUUUCCCAUUGUUGGGUCAUGGAUGUGAACACUUUCUGCAAAGGGCGACCCAUCGGUGCUCCCGAAGAGCACAUCUACAUAUGCGAAUACCGUGUUGAUAAAUCCGCGCGAUUGUUUAGCAAAGUCUCCAAAUCAAAAUUCCCUGUUUGUACUAAAAGUUUCGCUUUUGAAAGGUUCGAAACUCGACUCAAAGUCUCCCGGACUUACACUCCUCACGAUUUGGAUCCAGCGUUAGUGAAACCUCGAGGUCGCAAACCCCAAGAAACUGAAGAUAAAGAAACUGUCAUUCCAACUCUGCCAGUCCACGUGCCUGUUGUAAGAACUCCUGUAGAGCAAAAAGCUCGUUUGAAUAAAAUUUUAUUGAAUCUCUUGAGUAAAAUGCCAACGAAACAAGCGUUGGAUGUGUCGUAUCUUCUCGAAGGAGGGAGGAGAAGGAAAAAACCAGCCGAGAAUGGUAAAAAUUAAUGAAAUGGGUGAUAUUAAAAAAUAUAUUUUAAUUUUUUAUUUUUUAUGCGACGCUAUUGAAUGUUAUUUAUCCUUAUUACUAGGGUUAAUGAUGGUAGGUUUUAAUUGUUUGUAAAUGUUUCUCAUAGGUUUUAACGACUAGUCAUAGUUCUGUUGUUAAUUUUAUCUUUUUCAUUAUUUAUUUGUAUAUAAUGAAAUUGUUGCCUUUAUAUAUUUUAGCGAGUUGGAGAGAAGAGAACAAAUUAUUUCCGGAAAUUUUAUGGUACUAAAUUUUUUGUUUCAGUCCCAGUGUACAAAUUUAUGUUUUAGUCAUUUGGUUAGAAAAGUAGGUCUUUCAGCGCUGUUGCUUUUUAUUUUUACAUCGGAUUUGUAUUUAUUAAUUGGAUAAUUUAUUUUUUCUUUUACUUGUAGAAUUCUUGCCUGAUUAGAUCAUAAGGUUUUAACAUUAAUACAUGUUUUUUGAACAUUUAUAUCUCACAUUAGAUAUAAUUUUUAAUAAUAAAUUGUUAUAUUUUUAA